UAAAUGGCCGUGUGCGAGAUGUUUGACUUGCUGGACACUCGUGAGCAGUGAACGCUAAUUUUCCAAGCAUUAUUAUGAAUGUGUUUGGAACACAGACAUUAAUCUAGUUGUAAGGAUUUCGUCUGGUCAAAGAAUUAACGUGAUUGUUUGAACGUGGCUACAGAAACAUCACGGUGAGAAGCUGGAGGGAUGGCAUCGGUGGCAGCGACCGAGUCGGGUUUAAGUCCCGGUCCUAUGGCGAAUGCGGACCCUCCAGUACCCGCAUGCAUGUUUGCUCCACAACGGGGAUGCGGGGAGGACGCAGCGGGCAGAGAGUGCUGCGAGGACGGGGAGACCUUCAAUGGCGACUCUGAGGAUCACGGCGUAGACUUCACAAGCAAGUUAGCUCUUGUCAGCCCCAACGGAGAGCAGUAUGACUCGUUACUACGGCAACUGAGAGAGCGCAUGGAGGAGGGCUGUGGGGAGACCAUCUACGUUGUGGGAGUGGGCUCAGACGGGGGUGACUACGGCCUGAACGAGGGGGACAUGGAGGCGUCGGUGGCCACCCUGCGGUCCAUGAGCGAGCAGCUGGAGGCCGACCUCAUCUUGCUUCGCGAGCGGACGGAGGCGGGGGGCCGCGUCCGAGACUACCUCAUCCGCCGCCGCGUGGGCGAGACGGACUUCCUGGAGGUCAGGGUGGCGGUGGUGGGGAAUGUGGACGCUGGGAAGAGCACCCUCCUGGGUGUGUUGACCCACGGCGAGCUGGACAACGGCCGCGGCUUCGCCCGGCAGAAGCUGUUCCGCCACAAGCACGAGAUGGAGAGCGGCCGCACCAGCAGUGUGGGUAACGACAUCCUGGGCUUCGACCAGGAGGGCCAGGUGGUCAACAAGCCCGACAGCCACGGCGGCAGCCUGGACUGGACCAAGAUCUGCGAGAAGUCCUCCAAGGUCAUCACCUUCAUCGACCUGGCCGGGCACGAGAAGUAUCUGAAGACCACGGUGUUCGGCAUGACGGGCCACCUGCCAGACUUCUGCAUGCUGAUGGUGGGCAGUAAUGCGGGAAUUGUGGGUAUGACGAAAGAGCACCUUGGCCUUGCGCUGGCUCUCAACGUGCCGGUCUUUGUGGUGGUCACUAAGAUCGACAUGUGUCCAGCCAACAUCCUGCAAGAGACCCUGAAGCUGUUACAGAGGCUACUCAAGUCCCCGGGUUGCAGGAAGAUCCCCGUGCUGGUACAGAACAAAGAUGACGUCAUCGUCACCGCCUCCAACUUCAGCUCCGAGAGGAUGUGUCCCAUCUUCCAGAUCUCCAACGUGACGGGGGAGAACAUGGACCUGCUCAAAAUGUUCCUCAACCUGCUGUGCUCCAGGACGUCCUACAGCGACGAGGAGCCGGCCGAGUUCCAAAUCGAUGACACCUACUCUGUACCAGGUGUGGGCACAGUGGUGUCAGGAACUACGUUACGUGGAUUGAUACGACUGAAUGACACGAUGCUCCUCGGCCCUGAUCCGCUCGGCAGCUUCAUCCCCAUCGCCGUCAAAUCCAUCCACCGCAAGAGGAUGCCAGUGAAGGAAGUGAGGGGCGGACAGACGGCAUCCUUCGCCCUCAAGAAGAUCAAGCGCUCCUCCAUCAGGAAAGGCAUGGUGAUGGUGUCACCCAAGCUCAACCCACAGGCAUCCUGGGAGUUUGAGGCCGAGAUCCUGGUGCUGCACCAUCCCACCACCAUCUCACCUAGAUACCAGGCCAUGGUUCACUGCGGAAGCAUCCGGCAAACGGCCACCAUCCUGACCAUGAACAGGGACUGCCUCCGCACGGGGGACAAGGCCACCGUGCACUUCCGCUUCAUCAAGACCCCCGAGUACCUGCACACGGAGCAGAGGCUGGUGUUCAGGGAGGGCCGGACCAAGGCCGUGGGCACCAUCACCAAGCUGCUGCAGUCGACCAAUAACCUGCCAUCUAACGCCAAGCCCCCGCAAAUCAAAAUGCAGUCCACAAAGAAAGCUCUGCCUCGCCGGGACGACGGAUCGGCGGCAGCCAAUGAGGAAGCAGCAUCCACAGGGCGGCCGGCCAGUCCACACACAGCACAAAUACAGCCGGUGGGGGAGGAAGACUCGGAGGGUCAAGACGGCAACAAAGAGAACAAGCCAAAGUCCGGAGGAGGGGGCAGGAGACGCGGCGGCCAGCGGCACAAAGGAAAAUCUCUGAGCAGCUCAACAGCUACCCACUCGGGUGGAGGUGGGAGCUGUUAAAACCCCCCCCAACUCCCUCCAUCCCCUCUUUUUUUCUGUUGCCCUCUCCUUAAGUACUGAGUCUAAAGCAGGACUAGGUUAAUGCCCCCUACCUUACGCCGAUUGUGUAGAUUGUAUGGUGUAGACGGGUGCAGAACUUGGUUCAGAAUGGGUUGUACCAUUUCUCCUCAGAGCGGGGGGGGUUCCCCCACAGUGAUCAGGAAUGUUGGCCUCUGCUCGGUGAGCAGUACUGCUGCUUAGUUUUCGCUCUCUCCUGUUUUGUUCCUUAAUUGUUCUGACCGCCUGUACCGCUCAUCAGUGCUGUGGGGGGUGUCCAGCCAUGGACGAGCACGCACUGCUGUCCUCAGAUCGUGCUGUCGUUCAAAGGUGUGUUUGUAAAUCAGUGUGUUAGAAGUUACUUGAAGUUAUGCGUUAUAGUUGCUGACCACUUUACGGCAAUUGCAGCCGAUUUGCCAGUUGCUUUACAGCUCUCAGGUCAAGCGCAUGGUUGUCCAUCUGCAUGGUUCUGUGUGGUCUGGUCGUUCACUAUGAGAAGGCCCCACUUUUAAAAGCCACCCCAUAUUAGGGUGGAAGGUUCAGGAAAACAGAAGACUACAGGUUUGAAUCCAGGGCCGGGCAUUGCUGUUGUACCCCUGAGCAAGGAAGGUACUUAACUUAAAUAGCUUCAGUAAGUAUUACUGAUGUACAUUUUUUCGUUCAAAUAUUGUUUGAACAAAAAAUUGAACAUUGAACACUACAUUUUUUUCCCCUCAAGAAGUUUAAUGAAGCUCCAGAUCAUUCAGUAAAUUUAUGUGGGUUCAUAGGCUCUUCAACAUGAAUUUUUUUUGUUAAUAAACAAGCAUUUCAAGACUGACCCAUGUAAUGGUGGAAUACUCAGUCUCAUGUGAAGUAUGAGCCAUGGAAGUCACCAUGAAUAAGGGCCAGUCAAAGCUCAAGCACCCAGACAGAUGCCCUGAUCCCCUUUCAACCUAGUCCUGCUUUUACACACUCUGCUUUGGUAGCAUUCAUGUUUUAAUUUAAAGGAAAGAAAGCAAGGAAUCUCACUGAAACAAAAAAACUGAACAUUAAUCCCUCCCCGUCAUUCAUCCUCUCACUCAGUUUCAACGAUGCCGAUUGACUACCAGUUUAUGAAGCUGUAGAAAAAGCGCAACCCUGGGAAAGAUCAUUGGAACAGAUCACUGUUCUCUGUGAAACAAUGAUUAAUGACAGGUCUGCGAUUACAAGCAUUAAGCUGCACUAAGGGUGGGACACAAUGGUCACACCUGUUUAUCACAUACACGGAUUGCUUCUGUGAGCCAGUGGUGUUCUGGAGGGCCGUUUACAUUAUGUACAGGUACUUGUGUAGGCAUGCUAAAAAGUACAGUAGUCUCUGAUAACUGAGUUGACAGUAGAGCUUAGUAAUACAGGGAAUGAGCUGUGUUCUGCCUCUUCUCCACAUUCAGUAGGUUUAAUUACUGACAGCAAUGCAUCUGUUUUACUGGCUACCGAGGGUUUAAAGAGCUGAUUUAACCCAGCGUAACUGGCAAGGAAGGUGGUGUGUGAACUGGGGAAGGACCUUGCCCAGAACCUUAGGUCCCUGCUGUUCUGAUCGCCCCGAUUCCCUAUUCCUCUCCCUUUUUCAGCCAAACUGGUUCCACAGAUUCAGCCUUCUGUAGAAGCUUGCGAGUUCCAUUUCAUAUUUCAAAUGCAUUCAGUAACUUGGAUGCCUCUUUAAACUCAGCUAAGCUACUGAUGCACUGUGACCUUUUCUUCCUCUGUUUGCCAAAAUAGACAGUGUAUAAAUCACAGUUGUCACUCCAUAUGGGGCAUACCUGAUAAUCAUGGAUCAUGGACAAUAACUUUAUCACCAAACACAGAUGUCUUAAAGGUUGUGAGAAUACCAAAAGUCAGGCCAGCUGUUUGGAAUGAGUGUUUUUUUCUUUGCACACAAUACGGUGACUGGUAGGCCAAGCAUAUGAAAGUUAAAUAUUCACAUUAAAGAGGAGAAAAAUAUGCUGUGCAAAUGUUUGGAAAGACAAGGGAGAUGCAGGGUUAUAGAUAACUAAAGUGUUAAAACUAUUUGAAAUAUGUUUUCUAUGCUCAUUUUUAUUUGGUUGUUUUAUUUCAGAAAAAAUACUGUAGGUUAAGGAUUUCUUAAGGAAGAAAUUACCUGAAAUGGAAAUGCCAGGAACCUCUUAAAUUACAGUAGUGCAUGACCUUUUUUGUUGUUGAGAAACAAAAUGAAGAGUCCAUGUAUGUAAAAACACGAGAAAAAAAUGCCAUUAAGGAAGGUUGUGUUGUACACCCUUUUAAAUAAAGUUUUAUUAAGGUCCAGCA